AUGAGAACCCUCUCCCUUUUGUUGCUGCUCGCGGCGGUGGCCUCCGCUCAAUACUACUACUAUACGUAUCCGUACUACUACUAUUAUCCGACUUACUACAUGCCUGUGGCCACCGCUGGAGGAUCGACUGGGCAAAAUGCCAACAACAACAAUCAACAACAACAACAAUACUCAAACACGAAUAGUCAAUCGAAUGUCGGAAACGGCGUUCAAUACGAUCCUACAAAUCAACAAAAUCAACAAUAUGGACAACAACAGCAAAGCUACAAUGGACAACAGACAACGCAACAACAACAGCAAGGCUACAACGGACAACAGACAACGCAACAAUAUGACCCGAACAAUCAGCAAUAUGGGCAAUACGGUCAAUCAGGCGCUCAACAACAAAAUCAACAACAGAAUCAACAAUACCAAUCAACUCCACAGUACUCCCAACAAUCGACUUACAAUCAACAAGGCCAAUCACAACAAAAUCAACAACAGAGCGUUCAAUAUGAUCCGAGCCAACAACAAGCCAGCUACAACACUCAGGGAUCCAACAAUGGCAAAUCCUCGACCGGUCAAGUGGCCUACGUGCCUUUAACCUAUUACUAUCCGUACUCCUACUAUUAUUUGGGACGCAAA